AUGCAGUCCCUCUGUCCGCGGAAGGAGGCUUUUGGUAGUGCUGUGUGAUUCCUACCAGCUGUUUCCCGCCUUGAAAGACAUCCGAUCAGCUGCAACUACACACAUACACGUACAUGCAGAGGGAAAGAGAGAGAGAGAUUGAGAGCGCCACACAACGAGGGAACCCUAUCAGCUGGAAGUAGAGUAACGUUUAGAACUCCGACUGCUCUCCUACUACAUAAGGAAUUUUCCGAAUUAUGAAAUUAUUCUAGAUUUAUGAGCAAGGGAAUUUGCACCUGAAACUGGAACAUAUUUUGUGCGUUAAUUCAUUUGAACCGGGGGACACACAACUGGAGAGGAAAUCAUGGAGUAUUUCAUGGUACCAGCACAGAAGGUGCCCUCCUUGCAACAUUUUAGGAAAACGGAGAAGGAAGUGAUUGGGGGUCUUUGUAGCCUGGCGAACAUUCCUCUGACCCCAAAAGACGGCGCGCGACCAGGCGCGGCGGAUCCGCCGGGAGAUCGCCAACAGCAACGAGCGGCGGCGCAUGCAGAGCAUCAACUCCGGCUUCCAAUCGCUCAAGACGCUCAUCCCCCACAGCGAUGGAGAGAAACUCAGCAAGGUGGGUCCGAGGGAGGAAAGGAAGGGAGAGAAACUCAGCAAGGCGGCCAUCUUGCAGCAGACAGCAGAGUACAUCUUCGCUCUGGAGCAGGAGAAGACCCGGCUACUGCAACAGAACAGCCAGCUCAAACGCUUCAUUCAGGAGUUCAGCGGCUCCUCCCCAAAGAGGAGGCGCGGGGCGGAGGAGAAGGAUGAAGGGAUCGGUUCCCCAGACAUUUUGGAGGAGGAGAAGACUGAUGACCUGCGGAGGGAGAUGGUGGAGCUGAGACAGCAGCUGGACAAGGAGCGUUCUGUCCGCAUGAUGCUGGAGGAGCAUUUGAGACAGGAGGAGGUCUGCUGUGUUGUGGUUGGUGGUACUCAGCCUGAACAUGUGUUAGGAACUCACUCCGAGCAGCAGGAGAGAGCCAGCACCCCAGCCCACAGCCCACAGGUGCUGGCCCCCAGGUCGUCCCCCGCCCCCACCCACCACCCCACGGUCAUCGUCCCAGCCCCCGCACCAGCCCCGCCUCCCCAUCACGUCACCGUGGUAACCAUGGGCCCGGCCUCUGUCAUCAACACAGCCUCCACAUCUCGCCAGAACCUGGACACCAUUGUGCAGGCCAUCCAGCACAUUGAGAGCAUCCAGGAGAGGGUGGGGGAGGAGGAGCAGCGCCGGGCGGUGAUCGUCACCCAGGGACGCGCCCUCACAGACACAGCGGGGUCCGACACGGCGUCCGACAGCGAGUGGCCAGAGGACUGCUCACUGCCCUGAGGCCUCCCAUCACACACAGGGGCCACGAGAGGGGGCCCUGUACAACACCCACAAUACUCUGAUUAUAUGGCCAUUUAUUAGGUUGGAUAGACGGAUCAGACACACACACACACUGAACUAGGAUAGUCUACUGUAGCUGGAUAAUUACACAUACACACUUCUUUCUGUCUCCCUUUUCUGCUUUCUUGCUUUUUCUCAAACCGGACAAAAAACAUCAGUAGAAAGGUGAUGGGUUGACCUGACAGUUCCACAUAGCUCAAGCAGCCAGCAGCCUUCCAAUUGGUCACGAAACACCCAUUCAACCCACUCCCUCUCUGGGUCUAGCUCCUCCAGAGGGCUGCCAGAGGAUGGAAGUGUCACACCCAUCCAACCCACUCCCUCUCUGGGUCUAGUUCCUCCAGAGGGCUGCCUGAGGAUGGAAGUGUCACACCCAUUCAACCCACUCCCUCUCUGGGUCUUGCUCCUCCAGAGGGCUGCCUGAGGAUGGAAGUGUCACACCCAGGUCCAGCCUGGUCCCUUGGCUCAGUUGUCAAAUGGAGACUCUUUCUCACCUUCUCCAAAACCAAAUAAGCAACUUCUGCCCAGCGAGCAGGAGAGCGCGCCUGGACAGGACAGGUGUACCCCAACCAGCAGCACAGCCGUCCCAGGUGACCCCACAUACUAGAGAUCAUUUCUACAAGAAAUCCUCUACUUCCUGUAUCUCUUCACCAUAUUUCUACCCAGGGGAAUCUCCCCUGAGCGAUGAGACACUGUGAGCAUUCAAAGACACAUUCUGAAUCAGUUCCAACACACCUUUUGGCUCCUUAGUAAGAGACAAUGUUGUCGUUUUUCUGUUUACAAAGAAUUUGUAAGAGUUUACGCUACAGGUUUUCUUUUUGAUCUUGUGUUCUGCUCAGUGGCUCUGGUCGAUAAAUCACAGGGAUUGAAAUGAAACGUGACAACACAGAAAAGGCCCAUAUUGACGCAGCUAGAGGUCUGUUCAUUUCAGUGGUGCUGUUAGGAGACAAAGCUAAGCUUACUAUGGAAAGAGGAGGAGUGCACUUCUGGUUCCCUCUUUCUCUUUUUGGGCCAUCACACUUUUUACUGGGCUGGGUUCCCAGUAGACAUUUAUAUAGGUGACACUCUCCCCUAAAUAGUAGUACAGAUGAAAACCUGUAACACCGAUUCACCCUUUUGUCUGUUGCUUCUGACAUUUUGGCAUCUAGCUUGUUGAAUAAGCUAAUCGAUGGGUACGUCUUGAGUUUUAAAACUCUGUGUGUUUUUGCUGUUGUACACACAGGGUAGGCUGGUGUAUCUGGCUCCACGCUGUAAUUAGGUGGGUUGUGUCCGCGGUUAGGAAAGCCCUGUAUUUGGGACAGGCCUCUGUUUGAUAUCGUAGGAGAACACACACACACCCCCCUGUGCAAUUAAUGGUCCCAGAUCUGAUAAAGCUCCUCCCAUCAUCUGAUAAAGCUCCUCCCAUCAUUUGUCCUUGAGUUUUGGAAACGUCUCUCUGAUGUUUGUGAGUUUAGAUCCUUAACUGCCAAUGAUAUUGGUUGACUGUGCAUUUGACUCUAUGUUUCCACUAAGAGGAACACGCGUCCUGGGGGGUAGGUAUCUCUGGUAUCACCAUACUACUCGGCAUCGUGAUACUUGGCGUGGUAUCACGUCAUUAGUAAAAUGUUGAUAUUGUGACAACCCCACUCUGAAAAUAGGCACAUUUUCUUGCGGUUUCCACAGAUUUCUAGCGUGUCGCCGUGCAAAACAAAAUGUUUUGGCUCCUUUGUGUCCUGACCAGUUAGCAUCCCUGGCUAUUGUCCGUUUUAUUAUUGUGCUUUUCAGCGUGUUUCAUUCUCUCUGUCAAGUCUGUCUAUGAUGGUUCUGUUGUGCCCCAGAUAUGACAGUGGUUUUACAGGGAUCACAGACACUUUUUCAAAAGCCUGAGUUUUCCCAGGCUGACCUGAUUGAAACCUUGUUGUUUUGGGGGUUCUCCUAUCCCGUGGAGUGAGGGGGGAAUGCAGACACACAUCUACAGUCAUGGUGGGUUCGAGAGAGCCAGAUUCUGUGCAGAUUGUCAGAUCCUUACAAUACUUACAGAAAUGAUUUAGAAUAUGCCCAUCUGGGUUGCACCCAGGAUAACACGCUGCCUGAGAGAGAGGGGGCAGCGGUUUGCCAUAACACAGCUUCUAAUGUGCAGGGUAGGCACUGUGAGGCCAGCCUUAACUCAACCCUGGAGUCAGAGCGAGAAAGAGGUAGAGGCUGGCCACACCUAUAUAGAGAAAGCCUGAACACUGUUCAAUAGGAUUGAUACUGUAAACCUUUUAUGUCCAGAACCUCCCAAUAUAAAUACACACUUGGUGGCUUAUGCUUGGUUUUAGUGUGCUGCGGUUUCCAAAAGGAGAUGUGGAUGCAUUGUUUUUCAACAUUCCAGAAGAUUCCACCAGUACCUUUAGCAUCUCUAACUGGCACUUUUCAAGAGCAAAAAGCAACGAUUUUGUCUGAGGUUAUUUUUGGCCACAAUACGGCCAAUCGCAAAGGAAUUGUUUUUAAUGUCAAAUGAUUUGAUGGUAAAUUGUAUUGAUUUGUUGAUUGUCCCUUAUGUCUUCCCUUUGAGUGUAGAGGGAGUCCUUUUACUGCUGGUCAGAUGAGACGCAUCUCCCUCCUAUCCUUCCUUCUUGGUAUUUACAGUGGAUUCACACUGGCCACGUUCAAGGCCACUUCAUUGCAGUCGCAUGCCAGAACCUCACAAUGCCUGGAUAGGUGUUUUUGUAUCAGCUUACCACAAAAUGACACCGCCAACUGAUGCCGGACUGGAAAGUCAGUGAGGUGGCACGCAGCCAUAGGUUGCUGCAUGCAGUGCUACUGUAAUGUAGUCAGCCUGGAACGCAACCACUGUGUUCACCCAGGAAAAAACCAACUUAGCCAUGUUGAGUUCCAUUAUUUGUAAAUGGUCAGUGAUUCUUGAGGUGUGCCCUCUAUAAACCUUCUAAUCUGGAUGGGUAGGGGCAGUCCUCUGAUCCAGUCCUAUUGAUUGCUGAACAAAAUGUUGUUUUUGUUUGAUUACGCUUUAUGCUAUGUCCUUAGUAGCCCUUUUCAGUACCUGUGUUCAAACAUUUUCUCUGCUGAUGCCAAGCACUGUCCCAUAGAUGUUUUGUGUAUCUUCUAUACGAUAUCUCUGUUAGAUACAUAACAGAUUGCCUGUGAGGUGGGCAGGGGUCAGGGAGGGGGUCAGUGAAUGGGGGGGGUUACGGUUCUAAAGCACUUACUGUACUAUAUAUGGGAGAGGGUUCCUCUUAUUUUUCUGAAAGGGGGCCUCUCCUCGGCUGAAGCUCUUGAUAUGUUGUGAGACUAAAACCACACAGCUGUGUAUUUCCCCUUUUCCCUGUGUCUGACCCGGUCAUAUACCCUGGGUGUAUUCAUUAGGCACCAAACGGAAGAAAAUGGACUGAAACAGGGAGAUACUAACUGACUUUCCCCAAUAAGAAACAGUUGUUUUAAUUUUCCAUUGCUACGGUGUGCCCUAGUGAAUACAACCCCUGUCCCAUGUCUGUCUGUCCCUCAUCUCUUUGUCUGUCUGUAGUCGACACAAGACUCUCAUCCUGUCUUCCCUCUCCGUCACUCACGCCCUCCUCUCCUCCCCAGCUCCUCUUUAUCUGUUGUCUUGUGUUUUGUUGGACAGUCAGUCCACACGGUCGUUGAGAAGCUAUUAUAUUUAGAGUUUUUUUUAAGAAGAAACUUGUGGGUGGAUAAAGAAGAGGCUUGUGCCUUUUGUAAAGACAGAAUAAUAAAGUUUGUACUUCAUUUUUUA